AUGAUCCUUGAUGUCCUUAAGUACCAGGAGACAAAGUCUGUGGCGCAGGUGCCCGUUUCUGGGACCAUCUUCCUUACCCUGCGCUCCCUCACCACCCCCACCCCCAAGCAGGCUUUGCUUGGGCUGCUGGCUGGCCUGGCCUCCGGCCUCAUCUGCCUCCAGAGUUUCCAGGCUGGUGUGCUGAGGGAGGCCUCCUGCACGGAGCUGGACACGGUGGGGCCCCUCUCGGAGAAGGCAAGUGCCGUGCAGAUGCGGACCCUUAACUCGCUCACCCUGCUGCAUGAGAUGUCCCUGGAGCCGGCUGUCACAGUGCUUCCUAUAUCAGAUCCAGAUGAUGGAGAUGUGACUCCAAGCAGCCUGUUGUACGAAUGGGAGGAAACACCGUCUCAGGCUACUGUGGUCAUGGUGGCCGCAUCAGUGAGGAAACUGUGUCUGGCUCAGACCACGAGCUUUGAGGCUGCAGAACUGUUCUCGACGCUGGUGUCCGAGCUCCAGGGCCUCUCCCUAGACGAGCUGAGGGCACUCUGGCGACAGUCUUCCUUUAAAUGCCGGGACAACUGGCAGCCGCUGGUGGACGCCCUGCCCUCCUGCGGCUCCGAGCCCUGUGUGGGCCUCAUGAAGGACCUCAUCGUGUCGGGGGAGGUGGAGGCAGAUGAGAUGGAGGCGUGGCUCUGGUCGCUGGCCUUCGUCCCACAGCCCACGGAUGCCAUGGUCCACACGCUGCUGCCUCUUCUGCAGAUCUCAGGGACCAGCCCCAGUGCCUUCCUUGGUGUCUCGGCCCUGACGCACAACCUCUGUGCCUCCCUGGAUGGGCCCUGCGGACACCUGCCUGGUGUCAGCUCCCUCGUGAAGAUGCUAGGAGAGGCCUUGGGGGCCAACUGCACCUUCCGCGAGCCCUCAGACCCUGAGCAGCUCCAGCUCGUGCUGAAGGCGAUUGGCAAUGCGGGCCUGGCGGCCACAGCUCUCACCCCAACACUAAGUACCUACGCAUCUCAGAGGGACUGCCCCCCUGAGGUCCGGCUGGGGGCCAUCCAGGCCUUCCGGAGGGUCCCCUGCUCUGCAGAUCGAGCUGCACUCUCCCAUCUAUACCAAAACCCUGAGGAGGAUGCCGAGAUCCGCAUCAACGCCUACCUGGCCCUGAUGAGAUGCCCUGGCGAGGCCGUGUUUGCGCAGGUGCGGCGGACCCAGGCAGCCGAGCGGUCCACCCAGGUGGGCUCCUUUGUGUGGAGUCACCUGACACAGCUGUUGGAGACCGGCGACCCCCUGAAGCGAGCUCUCCAGGAGGCCCUCCCCGAGGACAUCCUGAGCCAGGAGUUCCAGCCGGAGGCCUGGAAACACUCGUCCUAUGCUGAUGUCACCUUCCGCUCUGUGUCUGGCAGCCUGGGAGCCAACGUGGAGAGGACCAUCCUCUUUUCUCCAGCCUCCUUCCUCCCCCGCUCUGCCACGACCAACCUGACCAUCCACGCUCUAGGUCAUGCCUUCAGCCUCCUGGAGCUUGGCCUCCGGCUGGAAAAUGCAGAGAAAAUCGUCCACAGGCUGUUUGGCAGCCAGUCCUUCUGGGGACAGGAAGAGGAGACAGAGCCUCAGCCAGAGAAAUCCCCAGAGCCGGAACCAGAGCCCACACCAUGGGGACCCCACCCUGACUGUCCAGGAGAAAGGUCCAGAAAGCUGAGAGACAUACAGCAGAAGGUGACCCGGAGGCGCGCAGAGCGGCGGGCGCUGCGGUGCCAGCUGAGCGUGAAGGUGUUCGGGCACGAGCUGAGCUUCGUGGACUGUGGGGCGAUGGCGAGCCGUGUGAACCGUCCAUCCUUGAACCUGGCCGAGCUGGCCGUCAAGCUCCUGAAGGGGCAGGAGGUCCAGGUGACCCGGAGGCUGAACCUAGCGCUGCAGGAGCUCACCUUUCCCACCGUAUCCGGCCUUCCCGCCCGGCUGACCCUCUGUGCCUCGGCCGCCGUCAGCCUCCGAGUCCGGGGGACUGCCAACUUCCAGCACCCUCUGGACUUCUCUGUGAACGGUUACGUCAAGCCCAGUGCCCUGCUCUGGAUCUCGGCGCAGAUGGGUACAACAGGUGUCCUGGGGCGGGCCGGGCUGCAGUGGGUGACCAGCGUCCGUGGUGCUGCCAGCCUGGAUGGGGGGAUCCACGCAAGGAAGGGUCGGGACCUCAAGGUGCAUCUGAACACCCCAGAGGAGGCCGUGGAGCUAUUCAGCUUCAGCUCUAAGCUAUAUCUCGUCACUGGGGAUGGCGUGCGGAGCCUCAGUAAUGCCCACAGCCCUUUGGAGGCCCAGUCCUGUACUGACCAGAAAGCAUCCCAGACCUGGGGCUGGCAGCUGUGCACGGAAGUCACCUGGCCGGCAGCCGGGCAGCCCUACCUGCUGUCGGUGCCUGUGUUUGCGGCUGUGAUGCUGACGAAGCAGGACCGGGGCCUCCAACAGUAUCUGCUGGAAGCUACCUAUACCUUCCAUCCCCAGAAGGACAGCUGGCUCCCUCAGGAAGCUUCGGUUCACCUUUUCAUGGGCACGCCCAAAUCAGAGGUGCCAAGGGACGUCGGGGUGGACGUCAGGUACAGCUUGCCCCAGGGGAAGUUCCGUCUCAAGCUUCUGCAUCCCAGGAAGAAAAUGCAGCUGGAUGGAAAGAUCGAGACUCUGCAGAGCACUUGUGUGGGUCACCUGGAGCUGAUACUGGAUGACAGGGAUGUCUACUACAUUAAGGGCCGGAGCGACCUGUGGCCAGCAGCCGGUGGUGAGGCCCAGCGGUUUGAGGCCCAGCUGGAAGGGAAGCUGGUGACGGCAGGCAGCCCUGUGGUCCUCCUGGCGAACCUCAGCUGGCAGGCCGGCCGCAAGUUGGCCUUUUCCGCGUCACUGAGCAACCUGCUGAGCGACCAGGCCCACCUGUCAGUGCGGCUUGAGAAGAAGGCGGAGGACGGGCUGCAGGUGGUGGCCGUGGGCGGCGAGCUCUCUGUGCCCGGUGCGGUGGCACUGCACCUGGAGGGCCUGCUGCGGACACACCUCGGCCUCUGGACCAGCUCCCUGAGGAUUAAGUACGGCCUCCUGGGUCAGGCGAGGCAGCUGGCCCACGAGUGCCACACCAGCCAGAAGCUGUGGACACAGAGUGGCUCACAGGCGACCUAUGAGCUGGAGCUGGAUCACGAGCUCCACUGCACGCAGACCCCAGCCCUCAGCCACAAGGUUCAGGUGCGGCAUGAGGAGGGCGUGGGCUCCCUGCACUCCCAGCUGGAGGCGAGCUACGGGGUGCGUUGGAACGAGAGCGGCGGUAAGAGGCAGCUUCGCAUCAGCCAGACCUUCCAGAACAACUCGGGUCCGGCCCUGAGCAAUUACUUUGUGGAGUUUGUGCUGCAGGUGCCAGACAGGCAGGUGAACUACCGAGUGCAGCUGUAUCACUCAAGCCUUCGCCAGCCACACGUGGAGAGCAGCACACACCUGAAGGUGCAGCACAACGGGCGGCUGCCCCUCGUGGCAGGUUUGCAGUGGAAGGACACAUCUCGCGCUACCCUGUGGAAGUGGGACGGAGCCUUGAACCUGGACUGUCCGUGGCUGACGGUCUCCGUGGCUCACAGGCUGUACUGGCCGCACCGACCCACGUUCCAGGCUGUCCUGGAGCUGACGCUGGGCAAGGCCUGGACCCUCAAGAACCUGGUGAUGAACGUGGCCUACAGGAACCAGGGCCUCGGCGGGGAAGGCAGGAUUCACAUCUACACCCGGGCUACUACUUACCUUCGGGUAUCCAUGGUGACAACUGUGGCCCAGAGCCUCUUCCGCAGCCGGAGUGAAAUAGAGUCAGCCUGGACUGCUGCAGUGCAGAGUGAGAUCCACGCGGAGAACAGCCAGGACCUUAAGAUACUUCACUGCUGGUUAAAGGGCCCCGUGCAGGAGAUGAACCUAACAGCUGCCUACAGGCACACGGAGCAGCCUGGUCCUUUGUCGCAGCCCCGGAAGACCCACGUGUCGCUGACAGCUCUGGUGACCAGCUCCAGGGGCCAGCCUCGGGGCCUGGAGUUGGAGGGCAACCUGAAGGAGGGGACACACGACAGGAGCUUGUACCAGAAACAGGGGACCCUCCUCCUCAGGCACGCCUUGCCUCUGCCCAUCCCGCAGAGUCUCCUCCUGCAGGAGACCUUCACAGCCGAUGGGCAUCACCAACGAUGCUCCCUGGAAACCAGGCUCGUCCUGAACAGCCAAGAGGAGACCCUGCAGACCAUAGUAAUGGGCUACCAGGCCGGACACCCCUACGUCUGUGCAGGCCUGACUCACCCAUACGACGGCAAGGCCAUCCCCAGGAAUGUGGAGGGGUGCGCCGUGGCUUGGAACCAGCACGCCGCUCAGAACAGGGAGGUCGAGGCCACUUUGAAAGUCAACCAGAAGGUCGUAUUGCACUUAAAGGGUCUGCACUGUGACCGAUCUCAGCGUGGGGAGAUGUGGCACAGCCUGGCGCUGGACGCAGCGCACGCCUCCCAGCUGAGGCUCCCCCGGGCCCUGCAUUUGGAUGGGGACAUCCUCUUCAGACGGGGUUCCCGGGGAGCAUUUGACGGCAGCCUGGACACAAGGGCCACCAUCAACCACAACGUCACAUCCCAGGUCUCGGUCCAGAUGAACGGAUCUGACUCCCACUUGGCAUUCCUCUUCCAGCUCAGACAUCCCCACAGACCAACAUUUCCUCCAGACUUACAGGUGCAGGGAGCUGCCCGACGAUACAGAGACCACGGCCUCAGUGGCUCCCUGGCUGUACACACGUCCAGCCAGGAGCUGCUUCUGCUGGAGGCCGACACCAGCCAGGACGCCCGGAGACGCAGCCGGGGCUGGGACACGACAGUCCUCCUCCACCAGGCAGUCUUCAGCGCCCCCCGAGCUGUUCACUUGCAGCUGUCCAGCAAGGUGGCCCCAGCCAGGGUUUGGCUGUUGUAUAAAGUGCUGGUGGACCAGAGCACAGCUCAGCUGUUCUUCAAGGCCUCCGCAGAGCAGAGGGGAGGCCAGCUCCUGACCCUGCAGAGCCACGCCCAGCACACAGUGGCUGGUUGGACAGCUGUGCCCCGCCUCCUGACCGUCAAGGGCAUGCUAAAGCACAAGCAGACGCUCAGAGAGGGUACCGUCAGGGUCACUGCUGACUCAGCCGUGCUGGGCUUCCUCCUGCGGGACAAGCAUGAGACGGCAGGGAACAGCACCAGCAUACACACCGUGACGGGCAUCCUCACCCAGAACAGCAGCCAGGUCUUGCCAAGAGAGCUCUGGCUGAGAGGGCGUCUGCAGGCCCAGACGGGGAGCCUUGGGGGCCAGGCCCGCCUCCGAGCCGAUGAGGCCAGCCUGGCUCUGGGUGGGGUCUGCGCCUGGGGCUCCGGGCACAGCCAGCUCUCGGGGAGCCUGAGUCACAACAUCAGCACCUUGAGUGAGGCAGGACUCCCCUCGGAGGCAGAGAUGCUCCUGUCACACACCCAUGGGGCUUCCAACCUGUCGGCAAGCCUGGCACUGCGGAGUGCAUGGGGUCAGCUGGAUGCUGCCCUCGGCCUGGAUGGCCCAACCCCUGGAGCCCCAGGCAGCCGGCUCCACACCAGCCUGGCCCACUCGGUGCCUGGCCUCAGGCGCUGGGGCCUCCCCUUCUCCAUGGACGGCCAAGGCCACUUCCAGAGCAUGGGACCCCGCGUGGUGGCUGGGCUGAUGGCGAGCGUGGACGGUGAGCAGCUCCAUGUGGUCCUGGAGACCAGGCGACAGCGUGGCCACCACAGGCUAGCCCUGGGGCUGCACCAGGGCCUCUCUGUGCUGCUGGGCACCGUGCCCGCGCGGCUUUGGGUCAACUGCAGUGGAGACGCCUCGCCCACCCAGCUCUCAGGUCUCUGCAAGGGGGACUUCAUGGGGCAGCCUCUCGAGAAUCUGGCCGUCUUGUCCUUGAAUGGCUCCCUCCUGAUCGGCGCCUGCACGGCUAGGCUGGAGGCCCAGGUGAUUUCAGGGGACACAUUCGCCCGGACCCACGUCCACACAGCCUGUGGCCACCGCCGUACCCACCUGGACGCCAGCCUCCAGCACACAUGGCCUCCCCUUCAGGCUCUGGGGGUUGCCCCCGACAACCACAUCCAGGUGUCUCUAGGGGGACACGAUCCUCCCAGGGCCGGGCUGGAGGUGGCCCUUGGCCAGUGUGCCCUGACCGUGCGUGGGGAUGUCGGUCCUGAGGCCAACAUCACUCACACCAACUGGACCCUGUCCCUGGUGAACCGCUGUCCUCUGCUGGAGGCAACGGGCAUCCCGCAGGCCCUGCACGCUGAGGGCAGCCUGAGCUGGGGCCCCUGUGAGGUCAAUCUGGCCACAGGCCUCCACAGUGACCGAGGAGACGCCCUCCUGCAGCUGGCCCGCACCUGUGGGCCCCAAACCUCUGUUGUCGGGCACCUGGCCCACUCCCUGCCCCUGCUGGGCCGCCUGGGCCUGCCCCCGAGCAGCGCCAUCAGCCUGGCUGUCCGGCCCCGCCCUGCCGCCCGCAGCUCCCUGGCCCUCCAGCUGGGGCCGUGCCGGCUGCGGGGCAUGCUGGAGCAGCAUGGGAACCAGAGCGUGUGGACGCUGGCCGCCGAGCCCGGCUGCCCGCUGCUGGAGGGCCUGGGUCUCCCAGCAGGGACGCAGCUCAAUGGCUCCCUGCGAGCCACAGGUGGAGAAGCAGCGGUGUCCGGGGCCCUCGCAUCGCCCGGCCAGACCGCGUCCCUGACCUUGGUGGUGGCCGUGCACCCAUCGGAGGCCACACUCCGAGUGAAGCUGAGUCACACGCUGCCCACGCUGCGGGCCAUCCCCCCAGAGGCCUUGCUGAGCGUCCAGCUUGGGUGGGCGGCCGGGCACCGGCUGGGUCUGGAGCUGCAGGCGGGGGCCUGUGAGCUGCAGGGCGGUGGCAAGCUGCGCCUAGACCACGGGCUGCACUGGUGGGUGCUGGCUGAGAGCUCCUGUGAGGCCCUGCAGGCCCUGGGGGUCCCCGGCCGAGUCAACAGCUCCGGGGCCGUCGCCGUGAACUCCAUGGCUGUGGACGCCCGGGUGCUAGUCGCCGUGAACCACAGCUCGCUGCGAGGACUGCUCACCCUCAAGGCUACCGAGACCCAGCGGGAGGUGGCUAUGUUGCUGGUACACAGCUUCCCCCAGCCCAGCCCCUUGGGCCUCCCAGCCCGUGUCCUGCUGGAUCUGGCCACCGAGAGCCACGGGCCGGGCUACAGACGCACCCUGCGGGUCCAAGUCGACGACAAACAGGUCUCGGAGGAGUUGACGUUCACUCGGCAGCCAGAGCACGUCUCCCUGUCCUACACGCUCUGGCACAACGUCCCCGUGCUGCGGACUCUGUGGCGGGCGGACAAGCUGGGCCUGCAGGCCUCUGUGGACAUUCCCAGCAGCGGCUCCAGCUUCCAGCAUUCCGGACGCCUCUCGGCAGGGCCCACGUCCGUGAACUACUCCGUGAGUGGCCGUCACUGUACGGGGCACCUGCAGCUCUCUGGCUGGAGCGAGCACAACAGCGUGACCCUGUUGCAGGCCGGGCUCCCGGGCCAGGCCCGCCUGAGCGCCAAGCUGCAGACACACGAGACCCAGACCCGGGCCAGCGUGGCCCUCCACGGAGGGGAUGGUGCUAUCAGCGUGGACGCGGCAGCCCUGGUGUCCUGGCCGGCGAACGGCUCCCUGGAGCUGCUUGUGAACGCCAGCCACGUGGCUCCCGCUCUCCGGAGGCUGGGCCUGCCCUCGACCACCCAGCUCGUGUUCCAGAAGCUCUGGGCAGAGGCACAGAUGCUCUCUUCCCUACGGCUGACCUGCGAUUCUCAAGCCAGCCUGGUCCUCGACGUGCGUGGCCAGAGCCAGGAGUUCCGGAAAGAGCUGCAGCUGUCCGGCCGGCACAGCCUCCCCGCCCUCCUGGGCCGCUGCCCCCGCAGAGCCUCAGUCUCGGCCAAGCUACAGUACUUGGAGCGUGAGGCCGAGAGCACGAUUUUCUUCGAGGGGGAGGACCAUCAUUUCCAUGUGGGCACCAGGCUGGUGACGACAAAGGCCAGUGUUACCAACAUCAUCGGGCUGGAGCAGACCUUCCCCCAGCUCAGAGCCCUUCCCAGGCAGCUGGUCCUGCAGACCUUGUACAAGACAGCCCGUGGGACCCACAUCCUGCACCAGACAGUUCUGUGGGAUGACCAGGAGGCGGAGCUCAAUGGGAGCCUCUUGGGGCCCUUCCCCAGGCCCGCUGGGAACCUCAGCAUCCAGGCAGAGCUCACCCACCCGCUGCCUCUGUCUCUGUCCCCACCACGGCGUGGCAGCCUCCGUCUGUCCUGCGAGCACUCACGACACAGACACCAGGACGACCUGCUCGUGGGCUGGGGUGGCAAGGACCAGGUGCUGGCUUCGUCCUCUCUGCAGCUGGGGAAGGGCAAGCUGGCCGGCCGCCUGGCCCUGGCUCACCCCUUCAGCCUCUCCUUGUGGCGCAUCGAGGCCAGUGGCCUCGCUGAGGGCAGGGGUGGCCGGCGGAGCGCAGAGGUCCAGCUGGCCUGGGACAGAGGGCAGCCCGUGACCUUGCACCUCGCUUGGACCAACAGGUCCUCAGCGUUCAGUACCAUCUGGGAUGGCUGCCUGGCCGCCUCCCCGGGGCAGCUCCAGGAAAUUUGGGGUCUAAGUGCCCUCAGGGCCUGUGGGGCCUUAACACAGACCCCAGCCGUGUUCAGCGAGCAGCUCGAUCUGGCCUGGGACCGACGCCUGGUGCAGCAGAACCUGACGUAUGAGAGGCACUGGCCGUCCCAGCCAGACCGGCUCCAUGCACAGGCCGUGCUCGAGCAAGUCUUCACCUUCCCCGGCUCCUGCGCCACACACAGCCUCCAGGGACAGGUGGAGACCGACUACGCCCACUGGUUGCGCCACUCCCUGCACCUGGGGCUCUGCGACCUGCCCAGGGCUCUCUUAGUUUCUGGGGAGCACACCCUGGGCCACAGUGGGCUCCUGCUGCAUUCCCACUGCCAACUGGGCCUCGCCCCGGACCCAGACCAUGGUCUGCGCCUCAACCUGACCAUCCACGACCACAGCAAGCCUCGGGCACCAGACUUCUCCGGGGAGCUGCAGAUCCUCAGCCCCAAGGCUCAGCAGCUCAGCCUGCGGGGCCGGCUGUCCACCUCGGCCUCUCAGGCCAGCGUCCGGCUGGAGGGAAUCCUGGACCACGGGGACAACAAAGUGAGGCUGUCGGUGUCCCGGGCCCAGAGCUGCCUCCAGGCCACUGGGGCCCAUGAGGAAGGGCGCCGAGAGGAGAGCGUGCUGCUGCGGGCAUGUGCCCACGGGCGGAAGGCUGAGGCGGAGGCCCUGCUCCUGGACGGCGGGCGGCCCGUGCAGCCCCUGGGACGCCUGAGCCUGCAGGCUGCCCCCCAGGUUCUCCGCCUGGCAGCGCAUGGCUGCCCUGGAGCCCUGCUGGGCCGCGUGGAGUCCAGGAUCGCAGCCAUUGGGGCCCGGGUGGGAGCCCGGCUGGAGAGGGAGAUCCGAGGCCUGGAUGCCUACAUGGAGAGGUUCUGGCACCUGGUGCGGCCAGCGGGGCCCCCGGACAGCGCGGUGGGCCCCCUCCUGCGGUUGUCCCACGCGGGCCUGGGGGCCGUGGCGGCGAGUGGCCGGGCAGUGGCCACGGCGUGGGGCCAGAGCCAGGCCUGGCGGGUGCUGACACACCACGUGCCCCUCUACCUGGACAGGCUGCAGGCGGGGCUGGAGCAGCUGCAGAAGGAGCUAGAACGGCCCCUGGCCACGCUGAAGGACGCCUACCUGGAGGUGACGCCGCGGGCCCUGGAUGAGGUGUGGCGGGAGCGGCUGGAGGGGGCCGUGCGGCUGUGGCAGGCCCUGGCACCCCGGCCCAUCGGGGCAGCCGUGGAGCUGGCCGCCCGCCAGAUGCUGUCGUGGGCCGAAGCCAGUCUGUCGCAGGCCCUGAGGAGGCUCUGUCGGCCCGUGCUGGCCCUGUACCGCUUCUCAGCCAGGGACUGUUCGGUGCUGGUGACUCUGCCACUGCUGCCCGCGGGGGACGAGCCCCUGGCCAUGGCCCGGGUGACCAGCUACGUGGUGGAGAAGCUGCUGCGGCCGCUCAGAGAGCUGUCCAGGACUAACCUGCUGGCUGAGUACUACGGGCUCCGGCGACGCUGGCUGGAGAGCCCCCACGAAUACCACGCUGUGGUGGCCGGAGCCAGGCACGUGGUGACCUUCGAUGGCCAGGUGUGGAGCCUGGGUGUGCGCUGUGGCCGUCUGCUGCUGGCCAAGGACUUUGCCCGUGACACGUUCUCGCUGACACUGAGCCGGGCCCCCUCAGGGCUCCUGUCCCUGUCUGUGGAGCUGAAUCGCACCACCUUGGUCAUCUACCCCAGCCUGCAGACCUACAGGCUCCACGACUCCUCCCGGCCGACACAGAGCUGUCCGCGUGUGGAUCCGCCUCCCGCCAAGACGAGGACGGAUGUCCCCCGGAUUGAGCUGAGCAGUGAGGAUGGCGUCUCUGUCACCUGUGACGUCCGAGCCGGCCUCUGCAGCCUGACUCUGGGCCUCUGGCUCCACGGGGUGUCUGCUGGCCUUCUGGGCACCAAUGACAAUGAGGCGGCCAAUGAGCGGACACUGCCGGACGGCACAGUGGCUCACAGCCUGGAGGAGCUCGCCCUGGCCUGGCAGGUGGGUGGUGACUGCAAGGCCAUGGAAAAAACUCAGGAGUGCCUCGGCCGGAGCCCCACCUGCUGGGCCUUCUUCCAGGACCCCCAUUCCUGCCUGGGGAACUGCUUCAGGGUGGUGGACCCCGUGCCAUUCCUGAGCCUGUGCGUCCAGGACGCCUGUGGCCCUCAGGAGCUCCACCUGGCCUGUAACCUGGCGGCUGCCUACGUCCACUUGUGUGCCCGGGCCUUCGUGCCCCUGGACCCUCCUCCACAGUGCGAUCACGUGCCCUCUCUCAAAAAAUAAAUACUUAAAGAAAAAAAAGUCAAUGAACAAAAAAAUAUAAAACAGUCUCGCAGAAAGUAAAGAGGUUUGAGAGCUGGAAUUCCCUGGAUUCCAGAAGCACAAGGUAUCCCCCCCCCCCCUCUUAUUAAGGCACAUCAGUGUGGAUCUUUGAAGGAACAAGUAGACGACCAGUGUCCCACCAGCAAGGACCAAACGUGGUAGAAUAUACACCUUUAAAGGACUAAAAGAACAACUGCCUCAUUGGAUUUGAAGCCCAGCUCAACUCUGACCCGAGUUAUCUGCAAAUGUCCUCCCCGCGGAUGGACACUCCCCCUCACCAUCCGUGGCUGCCUCUGUGUUGCAACAGCAGAGUGCUGGCAACGACUGUCCAGUCUGAAGUGUCUACUGUCCGUUAGGGAAAGUGUCGGCUGGUCCUCCGUGUGAACCAGGGGACGCAGGAGGGAGAAAUUAAUGGAAGGAACAAGAAGUCGAAACUACAGAUCAGCGGCGAUUUUGAAAAGCCACUCGCCACCUUCGCGGAUCAAUUUCCAGACGCAGGUUAAAAUCCGGUGAUUGGAGAAAGAAUGUUUAACCUCCAGAGUCUCCUAGCCCUUCAGUCAGCUGAGCCUAGAGGCUAAAUGUUCCUCUAAAAACCAUCAGGGAAAGCUGAGAGAAGAGGACACCAAAAAAUAGAUUUCAUCAAGGUUAAAAUUAUUCUGUGAAAGAUCUUCUUUUAAGACUGUGGAAAGACAAAAAAAAAUACAAGGCUUCUAUCUGACACAAGACUCCUAUCUUCUAUGUAAACUCAAAUGUAACAGUUGAGAAACCAAAAAACAAAAUGGAAAAUGGGCAAAACCCCUGGAGACGUUUCACUUAAGAGGACAUACGAGUGGCACACACAAAAAAUGAGGAACAGCUCCAACCCUCAGGGACAUGAGACCACUACAUACCGACCAGGACAGUUAAAAAAAAAAAAAAAAAAAAAAACACACCAAAUACUGGCAAAAACGUGGAGAAGCUGGUUCUUGUGUGUACUGCUGGCGGGAGAAUGGGAAACGGUACAGUCACUCUGGAAAAAGGCUAAGCACACGCUGACCGGUUGUUCCAGCAAGUGCAUUCCUAGACCUUCGCCCCAGAGAAAUUAAGAAACGUGCUUCGGGCAAAAGCCUGUAUGUGAGUAUUCGAACACAGUAUUUUAAUAGCCCAGAACUUGAAACAACCAGAAGAGCCUACUUUUGGUACGACCCUCUUCCCUGGGAUUCUACUCAGCAAUGAAAAGGCGCAUCCAUUUUAAAAAAAAUUUGACAGAGAGCACGCACAGCAGGCAGAGAGAGAGAGAGAGAGAGAGAGAGAGGAGGCGGCUCCUCGUGGAGCAGGGAGCCCGAUGCGGGGCUUGAUCCCAGGACCCGGAGAUCGUGACCUGAGCCAAAGGCAGAUGCCCAACGACUGAGCCACCCAGGCGCCCCAGAAAGGAACACACUCCUGACACAGGCAACAACUCAGAUGAAUCUUGAGAGCAUUACGUUGAAUCAAUAGAAAGCCAGACUCAGAAGGUCACAUGUUAUCAGAUUUUGUUUUUAUAACAAUCUGAAAAUGACCAGUUAUAAAGAUGGAGAGUAAGUUAGUGGCUGCGGGGGGUCAGGGGUGGUGGGGGAAGGAGCGGUCGUGGCCACUGCCCUGCGGUGGCACAAGGGAGAUGUGUGUGUGGGUAGAAACAAUUCCGGCUUCUGAUUAGAAGUCGUAACACAAGUCCGCGCCUGGGAUGAGAUGUCAGAACGACAUAUAUGCAUUUCUACCAACGUCCGUUUCUGGGUUUUGAUGUGGUACUAUAAUAACAGAAGAUGUGACCAUGGGGAGGAACUGGGAGAUACACAGGCUCUGUACUUCCUACCGUUGAACUUCCUGCAAAUGUAGCAUUAUUUCAAAACAAGAAGUUGUAACUGUGACACACCAGGACCAGAUUGCAACAGGCAAGUCGUAACCAUUGACCAUCCCUGUUCCAGAAGAGAAAAAGAAAACCUUUCUCUUCACAUUUUGAUGAAGUAGGAAUAUAGGAAGAAUAUAGGAAGAAGCCCAACGGUGCCCUUGAGUACAGAGGUCACUUAUACAGCAAUAAGCCAAAUUCAACAAUCUGUGGGAUCCGAGGGACAUACUGACGAAGGGAGAUCAGGCAGAAGGCUUCCGGUGGGCUAGCUAAUAAUGCGUUGGAAAUACCUUGAUCAAAAUCCAGAGAAGGGCAAGUGACAUUGGCAAGAUGGCAGGCCCAGAAGCCCAGACCCUCGCUCCUUGGAAAUACCAAAUGUAUAAUAAAAUGGACCACAGUACUCUGUGACAACUCGAAGAGCAGCAGCAGCCUCCAAAUGGGUACCCAACCAGAAGGCUGAGCACAAGACGGUAGGGAGCCCUGGGGUGGUUUCUGCUUGCCUGUUCCAGUAUGGUUUCAAGCCCAUUCCUGACUCCGUCCUCAGGGUGGAAGGAAAAAUGUGGAACUUGGCUUUCGAUGUCUGGAUGCACCUGGGGGCUGCCAGAGGGCUUGGGGUGCUGGUGAGAAUGGUGGCAGAGUCUGGAUGUCGGGAUGGAAGUUGCUAAAAGCAGUUACGGGUACCUGUCCGUGCCAGAGGGGGCUUCAAGGAGUCUGCAGAACCCCAGGGGGCUAGGGGCGAGAUCACGGCUAGAGGAAUGCAAUGCUGUAUCCAAACCCAUUAGAAGCAGGGGUGAGGCUCCGAGGGAAAUUAAGGUAUAUAAAAGCAACUGGGUGUUCUGGGGGUGUGGAAUUAAAGCACACACACAGGCCCAGGGAAGACACAGCCCUUGCAAGAGUCCUGUGCCUUUCCCCUGGGCUGAUCCAUGAAAGUCUUCCCCUGGGAAGACUUGGAGAGGUGGCGGUCUUUUUAAACGCCCAGUUUUCAACCAAAGAUGAUCAAACAUACAAAGCAGCCCGGAAGGAGGGCCCACUCAAAGGAGUACAGCAAACCUCCAGAAACCAACAUCCAGGGUACAGAGGCCUCUCGGACUUUCAUGACAGACACUUUAAAACCACCCUCCGAAAUACCCUCCAUCACCUGAAGGAGAAGGCAGGCGGACAGCUAAACGCUGCGAAGAAAACCACGUACGAGCAGGAGACUUUCAACAAAGAGAAACUGUGAUCACCAAAUUCUGGAGGUGAAAAGUCCAGGAACGGACUUCAUGCCGACUGCGGACGACUGGCUUUUGAUCUGAGGACACACACAGGUUGAAAGCCGAAGAAUGGAAAGAGAUCUUCUCUCCAAAGAGUAACCAGGAGAGAGCACGGGGGGCUGUGCCGAUAUCGGAAACACCAGAUUUAAGAUAAAAAAAAAAAAAAACAAAACUGUUAAAAGGGACAGGAAAGGACAUUAUGUGAUAAUAAAGGGGUCAAUUCUCCAAGAACAACAAUUUUAAGUAUAAAUGCAUCAGGCGGGGCGGGGCGCCUGGGUGGCUCAGUGGGUUAAGGCCUCUGCUUUCGGCUUGGGUCAUGAUCCCAGGGUUCUGGGAUGGAGCCCCACAUUGGGCUCUCUGCUCAGCAAGGAGCCUGCUUUCCUUCCUCUCUCUCUGCCUGCCUCUCUGUCUACCUGUGAUCUCUGUCUGUCAAAUAAAUUAAAAAAAAAAAAAAAAAGAUUUAAAUGCAUCAGGCAUCCGAGCUUCUCAGUAUCAGAAGCAAAGAGGGACAGAAUCGAAGGGGGAAAAAGAGUUCUCCACUGAGGGCACCUGGGGGGCGCAGUUGGUGAAGCAUCUGCCUUUGGUUCACGAUCUCAGGGUCCUGGGAUGGAGCCACGCAUCGGGCUCUCUUCUCGGUGGGGAGUCUGCUUCUCCUGUCUCUCUCCCCCAGUCAUGUUCUCUCUCUCAAAUAAAUCAAAUCUUAAAAAAAAAAAAUAGUUCCACAUUGAGACCUUCAGCCCAUCCAACCCCCCCACCCCCCCACCCACUUUCAACCAUGGAUGGAACCAGAAAGAUGACCACGAAAUGAAUGGAGAACCUGAGCAGCACGGCAGGUCAACGGGACCUAAAAACACACACCGCCUCCACCCAACAGCCACAGAAUAUGUAGUUUUCUCAAGUACACAUAGAACAUUCUCCUGAACAGACCAUAUGUUACACCACAAAAUAAGUUUUUUUUAUUAAGGUUUAUGUAUUCAUUUGACAGAGCACAAGCAGGGGGAGCAGCGGAGGGAGAGGGAAAAGCAGGGAGCCCGACGUGAGGUUUGAUCCCCAGAGCCCUGAGAUCAUGACCUGAGCCGAAGGCAGAUGCUCAACCAAUGCCCCCACAAAAUAAGCCUUAAUAAAUUUUUGAAAACUGAGAUCCUAGAAACUUGCAACUAGAAAUCAGUAGCAAGUGGAAGAUGGGAAAAAUCAGAAAUUGUGCAAAAUUAAACAACAUACUCUUGACCAAUGGGUCAAAGAAAUCACAGGGUAAAUAAGCAAAUAUCUUGAAAGCAUGAUGAAAUGGAAAAAAAAAAAAAAAAAGCCCAAACCAAGAUAUUUAGAGAAAGCAAUGCCAAGAAGGAAAUUUAUAUUCUUUUCCUGUAAAUACUUACAUGAGAAAAGAUCUCAGAUCAACAACCUAACUUUAACACCUUAACAAAUUAAAACAAAAAAAGUGAACCCAAAACUAGUAGGAGGAAAUCACACAGAUUCAGAGACGAUCAGUAAUUUCUUUUUUCAGACAAAUAAAACUGGCAAAACUUAGCUAGAUUGGCGAAUUUAAAAAAAAAAAAAAAAAGGAUUCACCUAAAAUCAGAAAUGAAAUAGAAGAAAUUGCAGCCAAUUUUUACAAAAAUAAAAAGGACUGGGGCGCCUGGGUGGUUCAUAUGGUUCAUCAUCUGCUUUUGGCUCAGGUCAUGAUCCCAGGGUCCUGGGAUCGAGCCCCAUAUCUGACUCCCUUCCCAGCAGGGAGCCUGCUUUUCCCUCUCCCUCUACUGCUCCCCCUGCUGUGCUCUCUCCCUCUAUUAAGUAAAUAAAAUCUUUUAAAAACUAAAAAUAGAGGUGCCUGGGGGGUUCAGUUUGUUAAUUGACUGCCUUUGGCUCCGGUCAUGAUCCCAGAGUCCUGGGGUUGAGUCCCACAUUGGGCUCUGGCUUGGUGCAGAGCCUGCUUCUCGUUCUUCCUUCCCACUCUCGUGCUGUUUCUCUGUCUCAAAUAACUAAAUAAAAUCUUUAAAAAAGAUUUUAGAAGUACUAUGAACAACUGUAUGACAAAUGGACAACCUAAAUGAAAUGGUUAAAUUCCUAGAAACCUGUAACUUGCCAGGACUGAAUCGUGAAGGAGUAGAAAUCCAAACAGCCCUGUAAGUAGUGAGAGGAUUCAAACAGUAACUAAAAACGUCCUCACAAAGGAGGAAAAAGAAAGAAAGAAAAAAAUCCCAGUCUUCACUAGUGAAGUCUCCCAAGCAUUUAAGGAAUGAAAAGCAAUCCUCCUCAAACGCUUACAAAACAUGAAAGAGGAAACAUGUCCAGAUCCCUAUGAGGCCAGAAUUCCCGCCAUACCAAAGCCAGAGAAAGAUACUUCGAGAAGAAAAAAAACAAACUAGAGACCAAGAUCUCUGAUAAAUAUGAUAAUAUAGAUGCAAAAUCCUAAAGAGGAACAAAGACAAAGAAGAGUACUAGCCAACAGAAGUCAAGAGAGCAUGGCGGGGGGGGGGGGUGGGUAUACACCACAACCAAGUGCGAUUUAUUCCUGAAAUGCAAGGGUGGGUAGACAUAGGAAAAUUAAUAGUGUAUAACCCAUUCCCAGAAUGAAGGUCAAAAACCACAUGCUUGUCUCCGUUGAUGCAAAGAAAACAUCUGGACAAAAAUUCAGUAUCCUUUCAUGAUGAAAACACUCAGCAAACAGACUAGAAGGAAACCAACUAAUAAAAGGCACGCUCGAGAAGCCCACAGAUAACAUAUCCGAUGGUAAGAAGCUGAAGGCUUUUACUCUGAGAUCAGAACUAAGACAGGGACGGCUAUGUCUUCUAUUACGUGCAGCAUUAAGAGUGCUAGCCAGAGUGAUUAGUCCAGGAAAAAAAAUUAAGGCAUCCAAAUUGAUAAGAAAUUCUGUUAAUUACUGUCUCUUCUCAGACAAAACGAACAUGUAAAUAGACACAAAACCUAUGUCCCUGCAGAAAACCCUAAAGAUGACACACAUACAUCCUCCAUUAGAAUAAAUUUGCCAAAGUCGCAGAAUAUAAAAUCAACACAAAAACUGCAACAUCAAUACAAAAACUUGCAUUUCUAUACACUAACCUAACGGAAGUGAGGAGAGUAAGUUUCAUUUACGUUAGUAUUCAAAGAGAUAAAAUACUUGGAAUAAACUUAACCAAGAAGCUGAAAGACCCAUAUACGACCAACUAUGAAACAUUGCUGAAAGAAGAUACAAAGAAAUGGGAAAAUAUCCCAUAUUGAUAGAUUGGAAUACUUAGUAUCAUUAGGAUGUCAGUACUACCCAGGGAUCUAUGGACUUAAAGGAAACCCCAUCAAAAUCCCAAUAGCCCUUUCCUACAGAUAGUGAAAAAAGAAAAAUUGGGGCACCUGGGUGGCUCAGUUGUUAAGCAUCUGCCUUCGGCUCAGGUCAUGAUCCCAGGGUCCUGGGAUCGAGCCCCGCAUCGGGCUCCCUGUCCAGCCGGGAAGCCUGCUUCUCCCUCUCCCACUCCCCCCGCUUGAGCUCCCUCUCUUGCUGUCUCUCUGUCAAAUAAAUAAAAUCUUUUUUAAAAAAAAUCCAACCUAAAAAUCAUAUGGAUUCUCAAGGCCCCCCAAAUAGCCAAAGCAAUCUUAAAAAAGAGCAAAGAGGUUUUACACUUCCUGGUAUCGAACUUAUAACAAACUCCUAACAAAGCUGCAGCAAUCAAAGCACUAUGGUACUAACACAAGAUAUACAGACCAGGGGGACAGAAUAGAGAGCCCAGAAGUGAAGUAAACCCUUGUGACUUCUCACAAGAUUGGCAAGACCAUACAAUGGACAAAGCACAGUAUUUCCAUCAAAUAGUGGGGAAGCAGGGCGGGGAGGAUGGGUGUCUACAUCCCAAAGGAUGACCUUGGACCCUUACUUUAUACCACAUAUGAACACUUGCUCAAAAUGGAUUAGAUGUCGGGGCGCCUGGGUGGCUCAGUGGGUUAAGCCUCUUCCUUCACCUCAGGUCAUGAUCUCAGGGUCCUGGGAUCGAGCCCCGCAUCGGGCUCUCUGCUCAGCAGGGAGACUGCUUCCCUUCCUCUCUCUCUGCCUGCCUCUCUGCCUACUUGUGAUCUCUGUCAAAUAAAUAAAAUCUUUUAAAAAAUG